UGAAAGUGAAACUCGGGCCGAGCGGAAGCUGCCCGUUGGUGUGCUGUCGGGUUUACAACGAGAGAAGCGCCGGAUCGGGUCACGCACACACACACAGAGAGGGGCCAUGGGCCCGGUGAGGAGCUCGCUGCCGCCUCUGGUCCCGGUGUUAGCACUGCUGACCCUGGUACCGCACUCAGAAAGCAAGGUGACAUUGAAAGACAGUCCAAGUUUUGUGCAAGUAGUACGUAAUGAAAAUGGUCUUCUAGAAUGCGAAAUUGCUGAAUUCAGCGGAUCCAAAAUGACUCUGCAGAACUCGAGCGUUUUAUGGUCUUUCACUAAUGGUGCUGAAAAAUCAAAUGCCUUUGUCUACAUUUCUGGAGUAAUAAGAGAGAAAUGGAAAGAAGCAGAGCUAUUGAGCAGCUCUAUUACACAUGGAAACAUGUCGCUGUUGCUAAAAGAUGUUGCUUAUAAACAUGCUGGACAAUACCAAUGCGAAGUUUACAUUCCACCAAAUGAUAAAGCCACUAAGACAGUAACACUUGAAGUAAUAGCACGACCUACAGUAAUAGUGACUUCAGAAAAAACUGUGGAAGUUGGAACAGGUGGCGAGAUGGCUUUAAGUUGUCAGUUAAGUGGAUAUUUUCCUUGUGAAAGCAAUACUGAAUGGCUACAGACAACCCCAGCACAAGGAAAACUGAGAGUGUUGACUGAUGUUUGCAUUGCCCCGCCGGUCAAAAACCCUGAUGGAACGUGUAACAUAAGCACUGAAGUUAGAUUAGAGCCUGGAGUAGAAGACAUUGGCAGCACUUUCACAUGCCGUGUCUUUCAUAAGUCUUUUACAAAACCAUACCAGGUAGAAGCUUUGGUGACUUUGAAAGAAGCAGAAAUUCAUUUGUCCAAAGCUUCAAUAAUCGGAAGCAUUAUUGGGAGCAUCAUUACUUCUGUUCUUGUACUCGGACUAGGAAUUUAUUUCUAUAUGCGAUUCUAUUAUAAAGUUGCGCCAUAUGUGUCAGAAAUUCAAAAACCUGUGAAAGUUAUACACCGAGAACCUGCAGAACUUACUUGCCAAGUGUCUGGAUUUCAACCUAGUGUUAUUACCAUUGCCUGGUAUUUGAAGAGAUUGAAAGAUGCUGAAAUGAAGUUGAUUGCUGAAUGGCAGGAAGACAACGUAUUCCAUUUCCCUUUGAGCAAGGCCAAGAAAAUAGGAAAGGCUGAAAAAAAGAAUGAAACUGAUGAUUGGAAAGUCAGGGCAGGCAGGAUCCAGAAAAGUGGUGAUGGAACUUUCAGCAUUUCCAGCGUUCUCGAGAUUUAUCCUGACAUUUUUAUGGACAAUGAAGCAGAAAUCACAUGUAAGGUGAUACACCCAUCUAACAGUGAAGCCAUUUGUAAAAAGAUCAAACUCCAUGUUGAUGGAAUUCCUCCUAAGUUGGCUCGCAUAAUUAAGCCGCCUGUGGUGCUGCACAACAGUUCUGUGAUGCUGACUUGUCCAAUAAUUUGUUUCAAGCCACGGCCUGUAAAGAUCACAUGGUAUAAAAAUGUGCAUGGACAGAAAACCCCUUUGCUGGUUUUAGACAAUGCAAAUGAAAAAAAUAUUUUUCCGGAUAAAUAUUCCCAUUAUAUGAGAAGAUUUAAUUAUUCUGACUGCACUGUCAGUGUCUACAGCACAAUACGUUUUAAUGCAACAAUCCAAGAAGAAGAUAAAAGUCAGUACUUCUGUGCAGUUGAACACAUUGGCUUAACCAAUCCAGUAGAGGAACAGGUUCAACUUGAUGUAAAAGCUUUUCCUUCUCUUGAUGCCAUCCUAAGUGAUCCUGUGAACCCUGUAAUUGGAGAAAUGUUGACUCUGACCUGCAGAGUGCAUUCAUUUUAUCCUGAAAGUAUUACUGUCCACUGGUUGAAAGAUGAUGUUAUAGUGGAAUCAAAAACACCUAAAACUGAUCUAAAUUCAAAGCAUGAGUUGCACGAAUUUAUCAGUUCAUUUACAAUUACUCCAACUGUAUCAGACCUACAGAGUAAAUAUAAAUGCCAGGUUGAUCACGAGAGCCUUAUGUAUCCAAGAUUUGCAGAAUACAUUCCUGAAAAUUUAGUGUCCCAUCCUACAGUAUCUGAAAUUACAUGCAGUCCUGACAUCCCUGAAGUAGAGAAAGAGUUGACUUUAACCUGUACUAUAAGUGACUAUUAUCCAAAUGAUAUUCAAGUUGAAUGGUUCAGAAAUGAGGUGAGAAUUAACAGUAAUGUAAGCCAUGAAAAAAUUGAGGAACAAUCAUCCUGUAAAGAUGGUCUGCACAGCAAAGUCACCAUGGUAACUUUAACACCGAGUACAGAUGAUCAUCAAGCUGAAUAUAGAGUCGAAGUUUGCCAUUCAAAAUCUUCAACCAAACCAAUUAAGAAGAACUUCCAGUUAACCCUUAAAGGCUCACCCAAAUUUUCAGUGUUCGUGAUGGAGCCGGAGAACCCUUCGUAUGGAAAGGACUUAUCUGUGUCCUGUUCAGUUUCUGGAAUUUCCCAUCCAAAUGUGACAGUUGAAUGGUAUAAAGCGUCUCAGUUAAUUCACAAUGGAGUCACAAAAACAAAGCCUAUACUUACCUCAGAAAACACUUACAAGGUAGAUGCUCGUCUGAAAUUUUUUGUGACUGCAGAAGACUUUGAAGGAGAAUUAUUCCUUCAGUAUAAAGACAAUGAUAAAGGUGAUACGUUUAAACGAGAUAUUCACCUGCCCCUCCAAGCUGUGACUCCUGAAGUGUCAGAAAUAGAAUGUCAACCUGCUUAUCCCAGAAAGGGUGAAAGGGCUAUUCUUUAUUGCAAGAUCGACCAUUUUUGUCCCGUGGAUAUACUGGUUGUUUGGAGCAAGGGAUGGACAGAAUGCAAGGAUGAGAAAAACACAGAAACGCCCAAAAUCAAUGAGAAGGGGCUUUACUCUACAGUGACACAUUUGCCUAUUGACGUAGUUGAAGGCAGAACAGAGUACAUUUGCGAAGUUCGGCACCUUAAAACUAAUGAUAUCGUAGAGAAGACAUACGUUCUGCACGUUUAGGAAACAUCCCAUAGAAGCUUCUUUUGGAGAUGCCUGCCUCGAAGAAGUUUCCCUCCUCCCUCCAUGAAGACCUCAGCGGAUCUCUCUCUCCCACUGCAACCCCCUUGUAAUCUCUUCGGCCCUGAAACUGUACGACCACAUACUGAAGCAAACCAGGUACUACAGCCACAUUUCCCAUCUCAGUACCUACCUAUGGAACCGGGUCAUCCCCAAUGGACUACAGUCUGCAUUUCAGGCCUUCCCAAUUUGGCGCCAACUGCAACGACUGCUACGUACAGAACAUUAAGAUCCUCCGAAAGACAACAUUCUCUGCGACCCCCUCAAACACACACUUGCAGCAAUGCAUUGGCAUCUCCUGGCCCUACAAUCCAGCCUACCCCAGCUCAGAGCCUCCCUCUCCCAAACCAGCAAAGAACCUCAGCUGUUUUUCAUUCUGCGCAGGAUCCGCAACCUGAACUCAUGAUUCUGCUCUGCUUUA